AGUCUGGAGACUUAAGGCGUCCGAGCGGGACAGGCGAGAGCCUCGUGUCCGCUCAUCACCCCGUGGCUGGAGGUUAGCUCGGGGAAGGCGGGAAGGGCAGAGGACGCGCUGGCUGGAGAACGUGUAACCUUGACAAGAGGCGGGGGGCGGGGGUGGGCAGAGAUGAGGCUGCUGGCGUUUGUGGUGUUGGCUCUAUUUGCUGUCACUCAAGCAGAGGAAGGAGCCAGGCUUUUGGCUUCCAAAUCACUGCUGAACAGAUAUGCCGUGGAGGGACGAGACCUGACCUUGCAGUACAAUAUCUACAAUGUCGGCUCAAGUGCUGCAUUAGAUGUGGAACUAUCUGAUGAUUCCUUCCCUCCAGAAGACUUUGGCAUUGUGUCUGGAAUGCUCAAUGUCAAAUGGGACCGGAUUGCGCCUGCUAGCAAUGUCUCCCACACUGUGGUCCUGCGCCCUCUCAAGGCUGGUUAUUUCAACUUCACCUCGGCGACAAUCACUUACCUGGCCCAGGAGGAUGGGCCCGUUGUGAUUGGCUCUACCAGUGCACCUGGACAGGGAGGAAUCCUGGCUCAGCGGGAGUUUGACAGGCGAUUCUCCCCUCAUUUUCUGGACUGGGCAGCCUUUGGGGUCAUGACCCUUCCCUCCAUCGGCAUCCCCCUGCUAUUGUGGUACUCCAGCAAGAGGAAAUAUGACACUCCCAAAACGAAGAAGAACUGAGUGGGGCUUCCACAGCCCUCCUCUCCCAAGAAAUCCAGGCUCCUCUCCCAAGAAAUCCAGGUGCUUUCCAGACUCCAGAGGGUAUCUUAAAUGCAAUCUCUUCUCUCUUAGCCCUUGGCCACUUUCUCCUGGAUCCUGCCCUGCUCUCAGCCAUAGUGAAGGACCAGGCCUAGGAGUCUGUGAGAGCCUCCUUGGUUCCAUGUGAAGCCAUAAACGGGAAUGCCUUUGGCAAUAGCCUUGAGCCUAGAGGGCCCUCUGAUGCCCCACUGAGGUGCUGUUGGUUUAUUGCUGGCAAUGUGAAUUCUCUCAGGGGUCUAGGAGGGGCAUUUCUGAGACUGCCUGACACCACCCCCAUCCCCUGCCCCCCGCUCUCAGAAAAGGGUAGAAGAUGAAAUGAAAGCUAUGGGACUCUUGGAGGAUACCCAGUGUCUAUUCUGGGUUAGAGAAGUGCUUACUAAGGGGUUUUCUAAUAAAAACAAAUGCCACAUUGA